UAAAUGUGUAUUCCUGUCUCGUAUACGCACUACACCCCUUGCCCUUUGUCCUUUACCCUUCGCCCAGUAAGCUUCGCGACAGCGCUCAUACAUAAUUUAUCGUCCGUAGAAUCUGCGCGCUCUCAGCGAUAAAACGUUUACUAUAAUCGGUAUACAUUGUUAUCACUAUCGACGCAGCAGUUGGGACUUGCGUAAACGUGCCCUCUAAAUUUGUGUCUCUUGUCCAAGUAUUGUUUUUAUCAUAUUCUUAAAUCUCGAAGAAUAUGAGGUUGUUAUCUAUUUUCCGUUUUUCACAAAUAGAUUUGCUUAAAAUUGACUCAAGAUAUACGCCAUUGAAAUAUGUCCAAGUAGAAAAAUAUCUUGGGAAAAACUAAUUAUGAGUUAGAAACUGCCCAGUUUUUACAAUUUUGAAUUUAGUAGACAAUAACUAAAAGAUUUAUGACUGGGUAAAAAAGAUCAUGUUUAGAUAAAGUUCUAUUUAAAUAACUACCUAUGGAUUAGUAUAUAGAUAAUCAUUAAUAAUAGUAAAGAUAAUUUUUUAUAAUUUUUUAUCUUAAUCGAUAUCUGCAAUAAGUCAAUUUUAUAAAUAUUUUUAUUUCUUUAAAAAUAUAAUAAUUUCUUAAUGAAUAAAAAUUAUAUGUUAUUUUCUAGAGAGAUUUUGGGAAAACCUAGAUCAAAAUUCUUUAGAAAAAGCUAAUCACACACAAAAAUUCCUUAGAAAAAUUAGUUAAAUUUACUGAAACAAGAGUCGAUGACUAAGAUGUAAACGGUAAUACUGGUCAAAUAUUAAUUAACAAGAAUUAACUAGAAUUCUUUGCCACUGGUCUUUACUGGUUAUAUACAUUCUAGUUUAUUUUCUUUUUGAAUAAUACUCUACAUUAGAAAAUAAUAUUGAAUUGAUAAAACUAUAUUGAAAAUACUAUAUAUUAUACUGUCAUCUAAUCACCAGCAGCAAUAAGUUACCGAUAAUGUUAUCUUUAUAUUUUUAUGGUAUAUAUAUCUAGGAAGUCUUGUCAAAUCCGGAAAAAAGAUAUCAUGCAGAUAUGAAUUUGUUGAGAAUUAUCGCCUGUAACAAGAAGUUAUGACAUAAAACUGAUCACUUUGACGUCUCUGUAAAACAACAGAGAUGUUGAUGGACGGUUGACGUCAGUAGGUUACACAUCGGCUUGCCGCGAGUUAAUUUUUCCAAUGAAUAUUCGUUCGCACACAACGAUGACAGCGUUGAUACGGCGGUUAUUUUGAUUGAAAUUGUGCGUGACGAUUACAGUAUCGUUGCAACACAUGCAGCAUGAUUGCUGUCAGUUUUUAUUAUUGCGUCAUUAACUCAUCAGUAACGUUCAGUCAAUAUUUAAUUACAUUAUCUUAUAUAAAUGCGCUGUCUUUCAAAAAUCUUUCUCCACAACUAUAACGCGCAGGUCGUCGACUUUUGAUAUUAUUUCCAAUCUCGCACGUGUAUUUAAUGAGGCAACAGCUUAUUACGAAAUUCCAUCGGUCAUUGAUUGCAACUUGCAGUGCGUGCAUAGUUAAUUAAUCUUUUAAUUUAAUGCAGGUGGCGGGCGCAUAAAUUCUGCGAUUUCUCAGCGGGAAUGUCGGACGUGUUUCGAUUAUCGUGGAAAUCUGGAUUUGCGGUUCCAACGAUUUCCAUCAGAAUCUGGACUGGCGGCUGACCACAUUUGCGGUAUUACUACUUGCCGAAAACACGGAUUCUCCAAACCUUGACUACCUGUACCAAGAAGAUAUGUGUAUUCAUUUGAAACAUUACACGACUAUUAGAAACGUAUAAUUUCUGACAUCACCGGAGAGCUUCUUCCCGCAUCUUCACAACGCUAUCAAGAGAGAAGCGUGCUUUGUUCCGCCCAUGCAGCACAGGAGUCGAGGAGACCAAGUUUUGCAGUAAGAACAUCCAGCGAGAAUUGUCGUCAACUUCCUCAACAGUUUGCAAGUAGCUGGCAAACAUCGGCGUGGAUACGUCGACUCGCGCAUACUUUACGAGCAUUUCUUUUCACUGCCUGGGAAUCGUAAGCGCUAUGCAUUCACUGAAUAAUACGUUAGAUGACGUCAUGCACAGCAAGUUUAGUUUUUUCUGUGAAAGAGUACACACACUAGAGAGAAAAGUGGAUAUUAAACGCUUACGUGUAAGAUGAAAACUGGUUGCAUAUUAAUCAACCAUCAAUUUACAAGGAAACUUUCCGUAAACGCAGCAAAUUAACGAGGACUAAUAUUUUACAUAAAUAUGUACUAGAAUUGUUCGGGAUGUUUUCAACUGUUACGUUUCAAACGUCUUAUCCGGCAGAAGAGGAUGUCUAUAUCUAUAUGUAUAGGAAAACUGCGUUUCUCAGCAUCCGCGAGAGAGCAGACUGACGGGUGACUCGGCUGAUUCGAGUAAGGAUGCAGGCAGGCAGACAGAGUAGGAGAAGGAAGACCCGGGAAGUAACUUAAACAGCGGCUAAAACAAGAAGUAGCAAGUCAUAAUUGAGUCGGGCAAGUAUGGCGGGGUCUAUGUUGGUAGGUGGAAAGCGCCGCUGCCGACAUACCUGACCGGAAUUCGAAAACAGGAGGGGGGUAGCUCUCCGGUCUCCGAGUCUCAAGAUGGUUUCCGUUAGUUCGCCGUCCAUCGAAUGGAAUCCAGAUGUUUCUCGGCAUAUUAAUGCUGCACGCGCAAAUACAGGAGCUUAACUUUGUGGCGAAAGAGAUGAACGUAAUUGAACUUUGGGCAAUCUGAAACUUGAAAAAAGAACUAUUAUAGAUUUUCAGGAUUAAUUAUUCAGGAGCGUUUCAAUGCGCUUUUUAUUAUAAAUUUAAAAAAUUGUAUACAUUAGCAUUUUUUAAAUAUUUUAAUUAAAGAUGCUCUAAUUUUAGAACAUUCAUAUCUAUCUAUCAGAUUUUUAUAAUCAAAUUCAGAGGCGUUUCAAUACGCUUUUUAUUAUAAAUUUCUAAAAUUAUAUUAUACAUUUGUAUUCUCUUAUUUUUAUAAUUGAAGAUGCUCCAAUUAUAAUAUUUACAUCUAUUUAUCAGAAUUUCUAUAUUUAAAUCUUGUGAUCAGAUUUCCUUGUCAUACUUGAUAAACCUAUCUCUAUUUCUAUAUUCAAUUAUUUAAUUAUUUAAUUCUACGAUUUAUCUGCUGCUUCGCGUUCACCAAGAGCGAAUAGGAUCGGCGAGUCACGAGAUUCUCCCGUGAGGAGAGGCUUGCGGUCAAAAGGACACGCUCCUGCGAGCGUUGGAUCCCUAGAUCGCUCGACAGACGGCGCUCGUGUAGCAUCCAGAAUCGCCCGAUUGCUGGAAUUAUCUGGCGGACGAGGUCAAUGCCAAUGACAUUGACGGACGAGAACCGGCCAGGAUCCGAUCUAUAUAACGGGCGCAGGACGAGAUCGAUGCGAGAGAAUGUCGCAGGGCAACUUACUGCAGGGCUACAAUUGGGAAACUCAGUAUGAUGAUCCGCAGGUGCAAUUUCCUCGUCCUAUUCCGGACGAAGUUAUCAGCGUUUACGAGGUUUACGUAAAGGAGGAGUCAGGCCCGGACUCGAGGAGCGGCGAUACAUCGGAUGUGUCGGGAUUAGGGUCCCUAGCCGAUCAGCAAUUAAUCCAAGAUGAUUGCAUGGACCUGGAUGCAGCCAUAGAUUCCGAAGUGAUCAAUAUCGACGGCAGCGUCACGAAACUCCUUGGCAAGGACGCGUUAAGGUACAAAAUUCUCGAGCAGAACGUUAACACGCCGGACGAGAAUGUAGUUGUAUAUUCACAUCCUGUUGCUGAAGGACCUUCGUCCACGACAACGCGACUUAUCGAUAAGGAUGAUCCGCGAUCCAGACUGCAUUUUGUAAAAUAUCUAAAACGCGACGGAAAAACGCUCAAAAUCUGGGAAUGCGGCAUUUGUUCAAAAGAGUUCCGUCACCAGUACACCCUGAUGAGACACUUGCCGACCCACACCGACGAGAGAAACUUUAAAUGCGAGGCUUGCGGCAAGGCUUUCCGCCAGUUGUCAACAUUGAGUCAGCACAAGGCUAUACACAGCGAUGCUAGACCCUACGUAUGCGAAUUCUGCAAGAAAACGUUUAAUAGGGUGUCUACGUUAAUCUCUCAUCGAAAAACGCAUUCGGAACACAAGCCACACAAGUGUCACGUAUGUGGUAAAGGAUUUCAUCAAAAGGGCAAUCUGCGUAAUCACGUAUUCACGCAUACGAACGAGCGGCCAUACAAAUGCGAGCUCUGCGGCAAAGGCUUCAAUCAGAUGUCAAAUUUGGUCUGUCAUAAGGUGAAAGCGCACGCACACGCCGACAAGAUGCAAUAUUCAUGCGGAGUCUGCGGAAAGGAGUUUCCGCGUAGAUUCGCCUUACGAUCGCACGAGGAGUACAAGCACGGUAUAAAGUAUCGAAGCACGAGCAACGCGCAAUCUGCCGUGAACGAACCCAGUACCGCAAAAAGCAAGAACGUUAGGAUCAUACAAUUGUUCAAUGGCGAUCGAAAUCAAACGAGCGAAAGCAAAGAGAAGGAUUAUUUUGGCUCAUCGGACUUAAUAGACAGCAUUGUGAUAGACAAAAUCGAAACAAAAGCGAUGGAGAUUGCAUUACUCCAAGGCCAGACUCCCUUUGCUCUUUAUAGACCCAUUAAGGGUAUACCGGUACUUGUUAAAGUUUUACCCACUGCAAGUAAUAAGCACAUACUUACACCUGCGACUGCCGAAGAUUUGCGAAUGGCGGGGAAGAUAACUUCAAAUCCUACCGAGUCUUCAGACGCUGAUGGCAACAAGGCUGUUCAGGUAAAAGUACCGGUAGUUGCCACAGUGAUACAGAAUAUCGAAACUGAUGGCAAAUCCAGCUUCGUCAUCGAGCCUCCCGGAGCAGAACAGGAGCAAGAUGAUCUAGUGACAGCGUUAGACUCGCAAUUCUCUCUCUCUGAGCUUCAUCCCGACGAAGCGGUCCGUCAAAACAGUGCGAAUUCAACUCCGUCAAUGGACGAGUGUAACGAGUUGCUGGAGCUGGCUGCGCAAGGUGGAAUACAAUUCGUUCGCGCUACGGAGGACGGUCGUUACGAACUUUUAAGAGUUAUAAGAUUAUAUAUUUUGGUAAAAAUGUAUUUCAAAUCCGACACUGGCUAG